AUGGUGGUCACGACAGAAGGCGGUGCGGCUUUCGGCCAACCGACCGACAAUCAGAUGGACGACUCACGAAGGGCUCGAGAGUUCUACCACUACUUUCAACCAGACAAUCUCCUCCAACCGCACCUCCGUCGUCGCCCUUCGGUUCUCAAUGUCACCAGCGAUGAGGUCCCCAAUCUGUGCAAGGCGCUCUCUCCCCUGUGCCAGUUGACCGCGUUUCGCUUGAAAGUCCGGAAAGCGAUGAUCAAUGUCAUGGAUCGCGAUGUCAUGUAUUUCCUGAGUGAAGCCACAAAAAUCUACACGGACGAGGGCGAACAGACCAUUGAAUUUGUCGAAGAUCCCAUAUUCUUGAACUGCAGCUCAGUGCCGCUCAAGGGUAAAAUCUGUGAGCUGACCAUUCGACUCGACAAUAAAGAUCAUGGCGCUGUGCCCAAGUUCGUAAUCAACGACCUUACGAAAUCUCAAUUUGCCCACAUGGAUAUCAUCUCGGGUCCCCCGUACUACAGGUUCUAUGCAGGUGUUCCGAUCACUACAAGAGACGGCGUCAAUAUUGGCAGUCUCGCCGUCAUGGACACACAAACUCGUCCAAAUGGGUUGACACCUGCUGAGGAGUUGUUCCUUACCUCGACCGCGCAACAGAUAAUGGUUUUCCUCGAAACAAAUAGACAAGCAAUAGAAGGACGUCAGUCUCGCCGUAUGGCUGAAGGUCUCGAAGCUUUCAUUGCGGGACGCAAGAGUAUCCACGGCGAUAGGGCAGGAUUUCUCCACAGUCCUCUGUUCAAGAAGAGGUCGAAGUUCGCCUAUGGCUUGACUGUGCCACUGGAAAAGGACGCUUCCCCACCGCUAAAGUCGUCUGCGCAGACUGAGUCCAACCUCCGAAACCAAACCACCGUCACUCUUGAACAUGCCGAAGAUCUCAGCACCUCGGAUUCCUCAGAUUCAGAUAGCCUGAAUGGGAAUUCCGAGACCGAUGGAGAUCUCGGCGAGGAGGGUGCCGUCGCAUUUGUCACUGUAGGUGCUCGUCUGCGUAAUUCGAGUAAGAAGAACGGAAACAAUCUUGGCCAGGCUAUGGGAGCCAUUGACGGAGAUCUUCAGUCACUGACAAAAUCAUCGAUCAUCGCCUACUCGACCCAGUCCAAUCCGAUCAUCCCCGAGAAGGGAUUAGAUGAGAGGGUAAAGGGCUUAGAUGGAGAAUUACUCCAGGACCUUACCAAACGGUACCCUGGUGGUCGCUUAUUCACCCUGGAAUGGAACCCUUCCUCCUCUUCCGAAGAUGAUAUAGAGUCUUCAGGCAGACUCAGGAGCCCUGUCAAUCAGUCGCGAAUACCUAGCCACCGGAAACGGCUAGAAGUCAAGGCCAUCCGUGCUGCCUUUCCUUGUGCGGGACAGGUCCUCUUUACGCCCUUGUGGGACGCCACGACUGGUUCUUUUGCAUAUGGCUGUUUCGUUGCUACAGCGUUAGAGACGCGUUCCUUCAACUCUUCCAUUGAAUUGCCAUUCCUCAACUCUUUCUGCAGCACACUGAUGGGCGAGUGCUCACGGUUGGACACGAUGAUUGCGGACAAGCAAAAAUCCGACUUCGUCGGCACCAUAUCUCACGAAAUGCGAAGUCCAUUACAUGGCCUCCUUGCCAGCGUCGAAUUUCUCGCCGAAACAGAUCUCUCUGGCUUUCAGAGAUCCCUCAUUUCUACCAUUGAUUCCUGUGGACGAACCCUUCUGGAUACCAUCAACCAUGUCCUGGACUUCUCCAAGAUCAACUCAUUCCAAAAGCACUGGCAAGCUUCGAACAAGAAACACUCUCACGGAUCGCGUCGCCACAACUUUUUAGGCCCAGAAAACUCUUCCAAGACUAUAUCUCAUGGUGCCCCUGCACUCCUGCAACUGCUUGGCGUUAUUGAUGUGUCAGCUGUGUUGGAGGAAGUCGUCGACGGUUUGGUCCUUGGUUAUACAUACACAUCUGGAUUAGACCUCACGGAGAUGCCACGAGAAGCACCAGGCCGAGGGAAAAGAGUCCGCUCCGAAAAUCACUGCGUGGACCCUGUCAAGAUCACGCUGGACGUGCAGAAGGCGGAUUGGACGUUCUUGACCCAACCCGGGGCAGUUCGCCGGAUCAUCAUGAAUCUCACUGGGAACGCCAUCAAGUAUACGAGUCAGGGUACCAUCAAGAUUCGACUCCAACUACAAACUUCUUCAGAUGAUAACAGCAACGAUGUGAUGGUGUUGACGGUGACGGACACAGGAAAGGGUAUUUCCCAGGAGUUCUUAUCUACUAAGCUCUUUGUGCCAUUUGCGCAGGAGAAUGCUUUGGCCCCCGGAACCGGGCUAGGGUUGAGCAUCGUGCGGAGCAUUAUUCUGAUGCUGGGUGGCUCGAUUGAUGUGAAAAGCAAAUUAAAUGAGGGAACAACGGUGGAGGUUAUUCUACCUAUUAGGAGACCUUUACCUGGUCAGACUUCAACUCAGACUACGCCUUUCUCCGACGGUGCCAGUGGCCUGAACUCUACUGGUAGCUCCAACGCCGACAGCUCGAUUUCUCUAUUGAGAGAUGAAUGGUCUGACGCGACAGUAACAUUCUGGCAACCGGAACUGGAACCAGACGACGACCUCGCACGCAUCGUCAGAUCGUACGUACAGGACUGGUAUAACCUUCCGUUCCUGGACCAGCAAUUAUGUGACAGUUGCGCCGUUGUCAUCGCAGAGGAGGAGAACUUGGAUCAUUUGCUCACUAGAUUGGUGGCCACACCUGGCCGCCGUCCAGCGUUAGUGGUAAUGUGUUCGGUUCUUUCCAGACACAGCGUGGCAUUGGUGCAGUCCCUGGAGGAACGCAUUUGCAGUGCUGUGGAAUUCGUUUCAGAGCCUUGUGGUCCCCACAAGUUGGCUCGUAGUAUACGGCUGGCUCUCGAAAAGCAAGCGGCGGUACGGUCACGGUUCUCGCAGGCGGACAACCAACAAGUGGUGCUUCCGAGCGCUGAGAUUGCAAGUAUGACUCCUGGUACAACCGAGACAGAGUCCGUGGUGGAGGACUUGGCCGAGCUCGACCUCAACUCGCCUGGUGGAACUGAUAACGCCAAAAUGGUUCAGGCAACGGAGACUUUUGCCGCGUCCCAAGCGAGCCACAAUGCACAGAUGGCAAUCCAUGACCCCAUAACCGCUCUGCGGACACCGAGAAAUCAUGUCAGCGAAGGAGAAUCUUUCCCCUUUCCCUCACACAGUCAAGAGAGCUCAAGAAGGCGUCGCGAGAGUGAUCGAUGGACCAACCACACGAGCCUAAGUAACCCAGCCUCACCUAAUGAAGCCCCAACCGCUCUCUCCAGGCAUCCCUCGCUAUCAAAGCCAGCCCCGGGCAGUGUUGACCCGCAUAUUCUGCUGGUGGACGACAACAAGAUCAACCUGAAGCUGCUCGAAACCUUCCUGAAGACAAAACGGAAAUACAGCCGGAUAGAGCAGGCAGAGGAUGGUCAGCAGGCUGUCGACGCUGUCAAAGCAGCCGAGGAGCCUUUCGACAUCAUAUUUAUGGACAUUUCUAUGCCAGUGCUGGACGGCUUUGAGGCGACCCGUGCCAUUCGUCAGUACGAAGACCUUCGUGGCUGUAAACCUGGUGCUAUGGUUAUUGCCUUGACUGGAUUGGCAAGUGCCAGAGAUCAGAGUGAAGUUUUCAGCAGCGGUUGUGACAUUUAUAUGACAAAGCCUGUGAGCUUUAAAGAGGUCGGUAAACUCUUAAACAAUUGGGAGGCUCAUAAGAAUAUCGACUCAACUUGA